CUCUCUUUCUCGAUUUCCAAAACCCUCGUUUUCUCAUUCGCAGCUGAGGAUGUUCACUGGCGAUUUCGUAGAAAUAUCGACAAGAUCAAAUCUUCAAUCUCUAAUUGUGCAGAGGAAUGAAGUAACAACUUUCUUUAUUUAUGUGGAGAACCAUCAUGUUGCUUUCCUGGAACAUGCAAAGUAAUCCCAACAAGACCAGUCUUGUCAAGCAAUGAGGAAUAUUCUACUGAUAUCAAACCUGUAGUAAUCUUCAUGAGGUAAUUUAUUAAAUCAUCUCUCAUUCAACUUUCUUUUGUUUGUUUUGGUUUUAGUUUUUUUUUAAAUAGAAAAUUUAUCUAAUUGCAUGUUUUAAUUUUGGGGUCAAUAAACAUGUGUUUAUAUUUGUUUAAUCCAGUCUUUCUUAGUUUUACUUUGAUUCGUACCAUCAUUAUUUGGUUAGUUUGAUAUUUGCUUAGUGUUUAUCUUAUAAUUUAUAUAAUGAUGAAAUCAAAGGUUUAGUUUUUUCAACUAUGGCAAAGCUGAUUAGAAUGCUAUUAUAAUAAGUAUAAUUUUUCUUAUUAAAAGAAAAUUAAUGUUGCAUCCUCUGCAUGUUGGAAUUUUAGUGUAUUGCCUUGUGCCUCAUUGGAAGUAAGAUUUGGUCUUCUAGAAUGUAUAUAUAUAUAUAUAUAUAUAUAUAUAUACAUAUUGCAAAUGGCCUCUUAGUGUAUUAGCACUAGUGCUUUAUAUAGGGUAUUCGUGUUUUUGCCAGCACUAGUGCUUUAUAUAGGGUAUUCAUGUUUUUGCCAAGGAAAUGAUUCAAAGCUCAACUCAUACCCAAUGAGGGCAUAAGUGAGUUGAAACUCCUAUUUGUGCGCAUCUUAAUGUAGUUUAUAACAUUAUUAUAUAUAUAAUCAAUUUAAUAAUAACGUAUGGUCUGGAUUUACAUGUGGUAGGAUUCUAAUCCCGCAUGUGAUAUCUAAAUCAUUUAGAUAAAUUUUUAAGUGAUUUAGUAAAUCAUUAUAGGUGAUAUACCGCAAUUUUUGUGGUAAUAAUAAUAAUAAUAACAAUAAUAAUAAUAAUGCACGGAUAAUUGGGCAUGUGGAAACCCUCAAAUCUUUGAAUACUAUUAUUUAUGAUAUAAAUAGAUGUUGUACAUGGAAACCCACUGCAGUUGCCAAGUCAACAAUCUAACCAUAAUAUUCAACAAAACAAAAUAAAAUAAAAUAGAGAAAAACAAAAGCGCCCCUUCCCAUCCAAACAAAUUAAGUCCCAUCUAACUUUCCAACCUAGAAAUUUCAACACACCCAAUCAAGUCAACUAAAGGCUACUUUCUCAAUCAACAAACCCACUGUUUAAAGUCCUUCCAUAUUUAACUCCACCCAAAUCCUAAUCAGCAUCCAAAUCCCCACUCCUACCUUGCUCUUUCCUAAUUUAUUAUAUUCAUUUUGCAUAUAUACCCCUACAAAAUCUCUUAUUAUUACCAUAUAUAUACAAUAUAUCUUUACAUAUAUAUAUUUAGACAUGAAUCUUCUCUAUAUAAUCCUCAACUCAAACAUAAACCUCCAUAACACAACAAGACCAAUGUCCAUCUCCAUGGAACAACAACAACAACUACUACAACCACACCGCCGGCGCCGCCGCCGGCGACACCGCUCACAAAACUCAAGCAACAUGAUCAUCCGCCAAGUGUGGGCUCACAACCUUGAAAGAGAACUAGCCCUUAUCGCCGGCGCCAUCCCCAACUACCCUCUCAUCUCCUUCGACACCGAGUUUCCCGGCGUUGUUUUCAACUCCGACAAACACCCGGCAGCUCUCACCACCUCCGAGCGCUACUCCCUCAUGAAAUCCAACGUGGAUAUCCUCCACCUUAUCCAACUUGGCCUCACUCUUUCCGACCUCUCCGGCCAACACCACCUUGUCUGGGAAUUCAACUUCCGUGACUUUAACCUCUUCACCGACGUGUACUCACCGGACUCCAUCAAACUUCUCCGGAGCUCCGGCAUUGACUUUAUUAGAAACAUAGUGCAAGGCAUUGACUCACACCGUUUUGCAUCACUUCUCAUUGAGUAUGGGAUUGUCGGAGCUACGUCGGAAGUCAACUGGGUGACUUUUCAUGGUGCUUAUGACUUUGCUUACUUGAUCAAGAUGUUGAGUGGUGGAGCUAAGUUGCCGAAGAGUUUGGAGGAGUUUUUGGAGAUGGUGAGGAUUUACUUUGGGGAAGAAUGGUGGGAUGUGAAGCAUAUGAUGAAGUAUUGUGGUCAUAGUUUGUAUGGAGGGCUUGAGAAGGUGGCGGCGGCGCUGAAGGUUGACCGGGUGGUGGGGAUGGGACACCAGGCUGGGUCUGAUAGCUUGUUGACUUGUCAAACGUUUGUCAAGAUGAAGAACACUUUUUUUAAUGAAGAUGGAGGUUUGAAGCAUGCUGGUGUUUUGUUUGGCUUGGAACUCAUCAAAGCCUGAUUUUAUAUAUAUAUAUAUAUAUAUAGCUUGAUUCAUUGAUUAUGUUACUGGAUUGAUGGAAAUUUAUAUGCUUAUAAUUUUUUGGUUAACUGU